AUGGCUUCCCUCAAACAACUCUCUGUAGCUUUGGCUGCUGCUAUUCUUUCCUUUCCGAAUAGAACUGUAGCUGGAUCUGCAGAGACCACUGAUUUUACUGUCCGUUCCGAUAGCAGCGCUAUCCAGGGCGGCGAUUUCGCAACCAGAUCUAUUGAUGAGGAGGAUCAACGCAAUGUUGCAGCUCGGGGUUUUUAUGAGCUCGAUGAGCGUGAUAUUGAGGAAGACCUUAGCCUCAGUAAGCGUGGCUCAAUGAAAUGCCGCUUCUGCAAUGGAGCUCACCCAUCAACAAACUGUCCAUUUAAAAAAGGGCGGAAGCGCAAUGUUGAGGACGACAUCAGCAUUGCAGCUCGGGGGUUUUAUGAGCUCGAUGAGCGUGAUAUUGAGGAAGACCUUAGCCUCAAUAAGCGUGGCUCAAUGA